UGUCAAAGUCAAAGUACUAUCAGAAUUGGAUAUCAGAAUGUCAGAUUUCAGCAUUUAAAUAAUCCAAAAUCACAUCGAAAAUGUUAUUUAUAAAUACUCAAACACGUUAUUAAUAUCCUUUAAAAUAAACCUCCUUUUCAAUACACUACAAAAUGGUAGAACUCGGAUUGACGCCUAAUAAUGUUGGUUAACCUCGCAAAUGGUUUCUACCGUAGUCGUGUUAUUACUAUUUGUUUUGGUUUUGUAUGCGUAUAGAAAUCACAACCGCGAAUUCGAGGCGACUGCCUCAGCAAUCCGUGAGAUCUGGUCGGGCAGUUGCCGUUUAUCCUGCAGAGAAAAUGAGAGCAGUGGCGUCAGUGGACCACUAGGCCUGGACAAAGGACAGGCCCAAGUAAUAGAGCCGACCUAUGGCCUGGCCAACCAGUCCAAUACCGAUCAGACUGUGCCCGACUGUGUUUGCGAGACCUGCCCCUGUAAUCUUGUAGAGAAUGUACUCAGAACGUGCAGACCUGCUACAAGUUUGUAUAAUGAGUUCAUCGAGUUGAUUUCAAGCGGUUACUAUAAUUUAGUGAAAGCAAUAUGUGAUGCGGGACGAAUAGUGAGCAGUGGAGUGUCAGAGACAGGCCCAGGUAAAUCUAAUUUACUGUCAAUAAUGCAAGUGGGUUCAGCAGACAACAUUAAUUUUAUAAAUCAAACUGCUGUUAAAGUUGAAGUCGAAAUUAAGGACCCAGAACAAAGUCAAAGAAAAAAAGGAAAUUCCGUUUCAAAAAAAGUAUCAUCGCCUGUUCAAAAUAAAGAGCUAGAGCUCGGCCAAAGAAAAGAAAUUGCUUUUCAAGAUGGAUCUGAUGCAGUAAUACUAAAAGACCUGCCAAAAAUAGCUGCAACUUCUCAAAAGGCAUCUUUAAAUGUAAAACAAUCAGAGGCUACAAAAGAUGGUGACUCUAAAACUUCGGUAGGAACGAUAAGCGAUCCGAGGAGUUGUUCUAAAUGCAUCGAGAAGGGUAAAGUAUGUAUGGGUAAUUGUCCAAGAGCGAAAGAUAAAGAAAAUAAAUAGAAUUAACAGUAA